UUCGCCGCUGGAUGUCGCUGCUUGAGCAGGUACGCGUGUGAAUAUCAGCCGAGGAAACGGUAAUAAUGGCGGCGACCUGUUCGUGGGAACCAUGUGAAGAAACAGGGCAGGAUGCUCUUAUUGUUAAAUUUUCUAAUGGACACGUGAAAAAAGCAGAAGAGCUGGACUUCAAACUCUUCAAACACUCAGAUGGUAUCAAUCCCAGAAAGAAAACCCGACGCAUUGUGGUUGCAGAAUCAGACAGGCUUCCCUAUGUUGGGAGCAAUUUUGGGUCUGGAUCAUUACAGUGUAAUAAUCUGUGCAGGUGUUUUGUGGGAGUACUUGACAAGAGAACUAUGAAAAUGAAAGUUCAUAAUGCUCAGCUGUUCAAUAUGCUUCCUGUUAUACCAGGUGAAUCAGCAGUAAAUGAAAACACAAAGCAAGCUGAUACAUACAGAGAAAAGGUGGAUGCUCUCAUUGAAGCUUUUGGGACAACUAAACAGAAGCGUGCUCUGAGCUCCAGGAGACUCAACGAAGUGGGCAACGAGACUCUUCAGCAGGCUGUGGCACUGGCUGCUACCAAUGUCAUAAAUCAGAAAGGAGUGGAAGCUCUGCGUAAUGAAGUGGUUGAAACUGAGGCUCAGACAGAUACAGCCCUCUUCCUCCCUUCAUGCAACACUGAGGCAGACAAAGCAGAAGAUGUGUACCCCUUUGAUUUUUUUUAG